AUGGCUCCCGACAGAGGAGACGUCGCUCCGCACACGGCAGCGGACGACGAUGCCGGGGACGCCGACCGCGUCAGGUACCUCCCGGAAGGCCGCCACUUCACCGUCCGCGGAAUCGCCGCCGGCCUGCUCGUCGGUCUGGUCAUCUGCUUCUCGAACAUGUACUUUGGCCUGCAGACCGGAUGGGUGAGCAUGAUGACCAUGCCCGCCAGUCUGCUCGGCUUCGGCAUCUUCAAGACCCUGUCGCGGCAUCUGACCUUCCCGUUUUCGCCCGUGGAGAACGUGCUGGUGCAGUCGGUUGCGGGCGGUAUGGCUAUCAUGCCGCUGGGCUGUGGGUUUGUUGGUGUGAUGCCGGCUAUGGAGUACUUGUUGAAACCUUCGGAGCAAGGGCCGCUGCGGCUUGAGAUGUGGAAGUUGAUUGUGUGGUCACUGGGUCUCUGCUACUUUGGCGUCGUCUUUGCCGUUCCUCUGCGACGGCAAGUCAUCAUCAGAGAGCAGCUCAAGUUCCCAAGCGGGUUCAGUACCGCAGUCCUCAUCGGAGUGCUGCACGGCAAGGGAGACACUCAGAACGGUGGCGCUUUAGACCCUUCCAAGACCGCAACCUUUGGGAGUCUGGCACUGGAGAAUCGCCCGCUUGUGGAAGCACGGGAUGCAAACGAUGAAGAUGAUGGGGUCAAUGCAGUCGACGGACCGUCACGGAUUGAAACGGCACAGAAGUACAGCUGGGGCUCCAAUAUCAGACUGCUCCUGAUAACAUUCGGCGUCUCUGGCUUCUAUACCCUAUGCACGUAUUUCUUCCCCGUGCUUCGCAAUCUUCCCAUCUUCGGGUUUGCUGCGGCAGACACUUGGCUAUGGACGAUGAAUCCAAGUUUCGCAUAUGUCGGUCAGGGUAUCAUCAUGGGCCCAUCGACAACCAUCCAUAUGCUCCUAGGCGCUGUGAUCGGCUGGGGCGUCCUCUCACCCCUUGCCAAGUAUCGAGGCUGGGCGCCUGGCUCGAUUAACGACUGGGAAACCGGGAGCAAGGGAUGGAUUGUGUGGACAUCUCUGGCCAUCAUGCUUGCGGAUGCCGUGAUAAGUCUAGGCUACAUUGCCCUCCGUCCUCUGUUCGAACGCGGUCCGGCCUACCUCGCUGCAGCCAGGCGCAAUUACAACCGUGGCGGCAUCAAGAGCUUGUUUCAGCGGCAACCAGAUGGCUAUGUUCCUGUCCAGGGAGACGAAUCCGAUCCAAGGCCGUCGAUCACUGCCAGGAGCUCGACUUCCAUGGUCACGGACUCGGAUAGUCUCGCCAGCCCAGCCUUUGAGCGUCGGGACCCGUUCGACACACAAUCGUUCCCAUCUCCCACCCGAAGAGCGUGGGACCACGACGACGCACCUCCCGAGCAACUCGUCGGAGGCAGGACCGUCAGCAUCGGACUCGUCUUCUCGGUCCUCUUCUGCAUCGCCAGCAUCCACAUCACCUUUGGCGACCUCGUCCCGCUCUACGCGACCGUCAUAGCCGUCCUGAUGGCCAUGCUCCUGAGCAUCAUGGGGGUCCGCGCGCUCGGCGAGACGGACCUCAACCCGGUUUCGGGCAUCAGCAAGCUGGCGCAGCUCUUCUUCGCGCUCAUCAUCCCGCAGUCGCACAAGUCGAGCGUGCUCAUCAACCUCGUCGCGGGCGCCGUGUCCGAGGCCGGCGCGCUGCAGGCGGGGGACCUGAUGCAGGACCUCAAGACGGGCCAUUUGUUGGGUGCGGCGCCGAAGGCCCAGUUCUGGGGCCAGAUUAUUGGGGUUACUGUUGGUGCUGUCGUCAGCGCGUUUAUAUACAGGCUGUACACGGCUGUUUAUGAUGUGCCCGGCGACCUGUUCCAGGUCCCGACGGCGUUUGUGUGGAUCUUCACCGCGCGGCUGGUUACGGGGGAGGGGCUGCCGCAUAUGGCGCGCGAGUUUGCGGUUGGCGCUGCGGUUGUGUUUGCGGUGCUGACGGUGCUGCGGAUGAGGGCGGUGGGGAGGUGGUGGCAUGCUUAUGUCCCGGGGGGGAUUGCUGUUGCUGUUGGCAUGUACAAUGUCCCGUCGUUUACGCUGGCGAGGACUAUUGGGGGUCUGAUGAGUUGGUAUUGGAGGGUGUAUCUUGGGAAGGGGGACACGCCGCUUAUUGUUUUGGCUUCGGGGUUUAUCUUGGGAGAGGGCUUUUUGAGCAUUGUGAACUUGAUGUUGCAGAGUGCUCAGGUGCCGCACUUGUAG